UGCCAUUUCCUCUUUUUACUCGCGAGUCAUUGGACCAAAAGGCAUCCCAGCUUCAGCAUUCAUUCACACACACAGCCAUGGAGUAAUACUGCCUUCAAUUUGUGCUGGAUUUAAUUCACUGCAGUUUUCAUCUCAAACGUUGGUAGUCAUGGUGACAGUCUCUUGAUGUCGGAAUGCUAAGUAACAGGAAGAUGACAUCAGUGUCCCCUACCCACAGUGACGGCAGCGCCAGCUCGUCCAGACAUGACAACCAUCAGGACAGCUGGGAGAUCAUCGAGGGCCUGAAGGGUAACCCUGGCAACAUCCAGGAGCCAGAGAAACAGGAGGGCUUCCUGCUCAAGAGGAGGAAAUGGCCCAUGAAAGGAUGGCAAAAGAGAUACUUCUUGCUGGAGAAAGGCAUUCUGAAGUACUCAAAGCGUGGAGCUGAUAAGGGCAAGCUGCAUGGCUGCAUUGAUGUGGGGCUGUCUGUCAUGUCAAUCAAGAAGAAAACCAAGGCCAUAGAUCUGGACACCAACGACAACAUUUAUCACCUCAAGGUGAAGUCUGACAAGUCUCAGGAAUUGAAGUCACAGCAGCUGUUUGAUGAUUGGGUGUCGAAGCUGCGACAUCACCGCGUCUUCCGUCAAAACGAGAUUGCGAUGUACCCCCACGAGAGGCUUCUGUUCCACCCCUCCUCACACCUCUCUCCCAACCCCACUGACUCCAUGCGACAGCGCCACUCCAGUCUAGCUAAGCAGGCAUCAGUUGUCCAGCAGGCUAAGGUCAGUGCCUGGCUCCACUCCUCCGAAGACAUGGACAAGUGCUGCAGAGAUUUAGAGGAGUGUGAGUCUUACCUGUUGGAACUCAACCUGUUACUGAAGAGUAUGGAGGUUCUCCACCGCACUUACUCUGCCCCCGCCAUCAGCCUCAUGGCCUCAACAUACGACAUCCCCAAGAAGGAGAAGAGGGGUCCCAGGAAGUGGCGUUCAAAAAAUUGCAACAAAGAUAACAAAAAAGAUAUCAUAGCCACACUACAGGUUCCUGGCUGUGUCUCCCCACCUGCCUCUCCUCAUCUCCAUACCUCCCACCCAAACCUCUCUACUGCUGAAGCCAACAUCCAGGAGGCCUUUGCUUUCCUGGACUCCCCAGACUCACCUACUGAUGCCAACCGCCUCCAGGAGGACUUCUGCAGGCUCGCUAACAACAUUCACUCCACUCUGCGGUCAGCCUAUAGUUCUCUGUCAGCAGAGAGAGACAGAGUGAGACACACUAUUGACCUGAAGGCCCCUCCUCCAGCACAGGUCAUGGGCCUCAAGACCGACUAUGGCUCAGUGAGUAAGGAUCUCCCAGAUGGAUCCCGCCCCCUUGUCCACCAGGUGUCCAAUGAGAGUCGAGCGUCCAUCCCUGAGUCCAUGUCGGAGUUCUUUGAUGCUCAGGAGUACCAGCUGACCUCCAGCUCCUCUGAGAACGAGGCCUCUGAUGAUGACUCGUAUAUCAGCGACGUCAGUGACAGCGUUUCCAUGGACAACGGCUACAGCAAUGAGAGAGGAAGCGAGAGACAUGACUCAGCAGGCUCAGGAGGAAGUGGUGUUCAGGUGGCCCGCAGGCGGACUACCCUCCCCUCCCCUCAGCCCAGCAGCAGCAGUGUCAGUCUAUGGAACAUCCUCAAGAACAACAUAGGGAAGGACCUGUCCAAGGUAGCCAUGCCUGUUCAGCUCAACGAGCCUCUCAACACACUGCAGAGGCUGUGUGAGGAGGUGGAGUACUCUGAGCUGCUGGAUACAGCGAACCACACACAGGACCCGUACCAGAGAAUGGUGUAUGUGGCGACGUUUGCGGUGUCUGCAUACGCCUCCAGUUACCACCGGGCAGGAAGUAAACCCUUUAACCCCGUCCUAGGAGAGACCUACGAGUGUGACAGACCUGACAAGGGCUUCCGGUUCAUAGCAGAACAGGUGAGCCAUCACCCACCUGUGUCAGCAUGUCACUGUGACUCUAACAACUUCACUUUUUGGCAAGAUGUCCAGUGGAAGAAUAAGUUCUGGGGGAAAUCCAUGGAGAUUGUUCGCAUUGGAACCACUCAUGUGACCCUGCCAGCGUUUGGGGACCACUAUGAGUGGAACAAGGUAACUUCCUGCAUCCACAACAUCCUGAGUGGCCAGCGCUGGAUAGAACACUACGGAGAGAUGUCAAUCAAAAACACCAGCAGUGACGCCUGCCAGUGUAAAGUGACUUUCGUCAAGGCGAGAUCUUGGAGCUCAGCGGUUAACGAGAUAGAGGGCAUGGUCACGGACACAGGGGGGCGUGUCAUCCACACCUUCUUUGGCAAAUGGCACGAGGGUGUGUACCAAGGAGUCCCACCUUCUGCUAUCUGCAUCUGGAGAGCAAACCCCAUGCCUGUGGACCAGGACCAGUACUAUGGCUUCACUCAGUUUGCUGUAGAGCUGAAUGAGCUUGACGCUGCCCUGAAGCCCCUCCUACCCCCCACAGACACACGCUUCCGUCUCGACCAGAGGUGUUUGGAAGAAGGGAACAUUGAGGGGGCUGAGGAGCAGAAAGGGAGGAUAGAGGAGCUCCAGAGGGGGAGGAGGAAAGUCCUGGAGGAUAACAAUGUGACACACAAACCACGCUUCUUCAAGAAAUCAAAGGAUGACACGUGGCUGAGCUCUAAUAUAUACUGGGAGCAGCGGAAGAACCCCAGGUUCAGCAGAGAGGACUUCCCUGUGCUGUGGUGACCUCUGACCUUACCUAUAACCCUGUGACCCCAUGGGAGGGCAGAUCUAGGGUCAGAUUAUUCUCACCUACAAACCUUAACCAAUACAGGGAAAACUCAAAACUGACCGUAGGUCAGCACUUGGGGACAACACUCUGUCCUGUUGACUAUGGACCGCUGAGUGUGAGGGCCCACGGCCAAAUAUGGGCUUCCUGCUUCUGUAUGUGGAGACGGAGCUAAUUUGAGAAAUUAGCUUUCACUUGACUCUGUGUUCAAAAGAAAAGAGCUUCCUGUUUUGUUUUUGUCAUUACUUUAGUCUAUCUUCUUUCAAUGUCAUCCUUUUCUCUGUAUAUUUGUCAAAUGUAUACUUUAUGCUGUCACUUUAGUACGGAUGCAGUCCAGCCACCAAAGUGUCUUAAUUGAGCAAUAAGUCCCGAGUAGGUGUGGUAUAUGGUCAACAUACCACGGAGUGCCUGGAUACAGCAAUUAGCCUUGGUAUAUUGACCAUAUACCACAAUCCCCCAAGGUACCUUAUUACUAUUAUAAACUGCUUACCAAUGUAAUUAGAACAGUAAAAAGUAUUUUUUUUUGUCAUACCCAUGGUAUACAGUCUGAUAUACCACAGCUUUCAGUCAAUCUGCAUUCGGGGCUCAAACCACCAGUUUAUAAUAUGGAAUGAUUUACUACUCAGGAAAACCUGCUGUAGAUGAUUAUGCAAAUCCUCACUCACAGUUGGUGAGUUAAAGUGCCUCAUUGCACUUUUAUGAUGUCAUACCACUCUUAUUAAUGUAGUCUAAAGAAACACACCGAUGGAGUCUCGUAACUAGGAGAUUUAACUUCUUCUAAAGGUCAAACACUUUACUGUACGAUUCUGUCCAGUCUUAACUCCUCAACGAUUGGCUGACAGAACUUGUGAAAUAUGGCCACAUGGAAAUUCAUAAGACUGAGUGUUAAUGCCUGUGUGCUGCCCUGUUAUAAGAUUAUAUGUACUGUAUAUCAAUAAAGUAAUAGAGCAUUAUCUAUGAAGAUGAACAAUAAAACAGUGGAACUGUUAUACUAGAGUCAGAAUGACAACUUUGUGUGUGUGGUCAUCUGUUCGUUUGGAAUGUACAAUGCUUCAUUUGAACCAAAUUUUGUUCCGGAACCGAGGUGUAUUUGGUCAGAUCCGGUUACUCUCAUGGCAUGAACAAUUAUUUUCACUGUACAAAUUCUAAUAAAAGCAGUCAAAGUUCA